AUGUGGAAAAGGAUGAUUAAAGAAAAAUACAAUCUUCCUGACAUCAUUCAGGGCCCCUCUAACUCCUCUAGAGUGUCCAAUUUGUGGAGGAAUAUUCAAUGUCUUUUGGAGCCAGGCCUGGGUAAUGUUGAAAAAGCAAUAAAGGAGGGCUUAGCUUUCUCUGUUGGUGCUGGUAACCUAACGAAAUUUUGGGAGGACUUAUGGUUAGGUGGUUUUACUCUUAAAGACAAAUUCCCCAGAUUAUAUAGUAUCUCGUCUUUGACUAGUCAACCUAUUGAGUCUUUUGGCUUUUGGGAUGGUAUUAAAUGGUCUUGGCUAAUUCCUUGGAGAAGAGAUCUUUUUCAAUGGGAAGAGGAUCUUGAGAAUGAGUUGUUGGAUGUUAUAGGUGGUUUGGUUAUAGCUCCAGGAAGGAGAGACAAAAUUGUUUGGAGGCACACAAUUGAUGGUAACUACACAGUCAAGUCCCUAACAUGUGCAUCUGAAAAUUGUCCUGAUACAUCGCUUCUCUCAGUCACCACUUCUAAGAUAUGGACAGGAUGGACGCCACCUAAAGUGGAAUUCUUCGUUUGGCUUGCAUUACAAGGCAGGAUUAACACUCGGGGUAGGCUAUGCAGCCUUGGUAUUUUACCUAGGAGUGAGUCAAGUUGUCCGUUCUGUCAUCAGCAAGAGGAGUCUGUUGAUCACCUUCUUUUUCUGUGUGAGGGCCCAAGAAUGAUUUGGUACAAAAUUAUAAACUGGUGGGGUGUUGAAUGGUGUUGUGGUAAUACUCUUAGCAAUUUGUUUGAACAGUGGCAGACAUUUGCUUCAGGAAAGAAACAACGACAAGUUUGGAGUAUGAUGUUCAAUGCGGCAGUCUGGACCAUUUGGAUUGAAAGAAACAAGGUCAUCUUCGAGGAAAAUCAUAUAGACUGGGGGAAUGUCCUUUAUCUUGUUUAUAUCAGAUUUGGCCUUUGGUUAAAGGCUGUGAAGAUUAACCUUCCAUACAGUGGCCCAGAAAUUAUGCAUUCCUCUGAUGGCAUCAAAUUCAGAACCAAUCUAAUCAAACCUACUAGGCCCCCUUGUGAAUGGUCUGCUCCUCCUACAGGAUGCCUCAAAUGGAACACUGACGGUUCUUCUCUUGAUUACUCUUCGGGGGUGGGUGGAGUCUUGAGGGACUGUAAUGGAAAUUUUCUUUGCAUAUUCUCUGGCCCUGCAAGCAAUCUAGACUCCAACUCUGCUGAAUUAAGGGCAAUCAGGUUUGCGCUUGAGUUCUCUGUGAAAUUUGGGUUAAAAGAGAAGGGUAAUAUCUUGGUUGAAUCAGAUUCUCUGAAUGUUGUGAAUUGGUUACAAAAAGAAAUUGAUUCACCUUGGUCUAAAGCUCAGGAUUUUAAUGCUAUUGCAAAUCUCUCCUCGCAACUCUCUUCCAUUACAUACAAUCAUGUGUGUAGAGAGGCUAAUUCUGUAGCUGAUAGUCUUGCAAAACAAGGGGCUCUAAGGAGUGACAUGUUUGUAGCUUGCUUCACCCAAUCCAAAAGGAAUAAAGUAAUAUUUGAGAAAGAGAAUUGGCUGUCGUUUUACAAUGAUUUCAGUGGAUGA